AUGUUUAGUAUUAGUUUUAUACUUUUCCUACUGAUUACCAGUGUACAGUCGUUAACUUGUCCCAAUGGUCAGCUGGCAUGUGGAACGGUAGGUUGUUAUGAUCCGAACACGCAAGGCUGCUCUGCCAGUGGCAGCAGUAUUCAAUGUAUCAAUUCGUGUAAUGGAACAUGUUAUUCAAGCUCGCAAUACUGCUAUAACAAUACAAAAGUUUGUAACAAUGGUGAAUCAAUUUGCAACGUGAAAACGUAUGGUUAUUUUCAAUCAUAUCCAAUUGGUCUUAACUGCUACAAUUCAUCACAACUUAUAUGUGGAAAUGAUACCCUCUGUUCCCCACUAUAUGCAUGUGGAACACAAUGUUUGACGAACUAUUAUUCGACUUGUGCCAAUAAUCAAACGGUUUGUCCCGGGUUCUACUUCUGGAAUUAUUACUAUACCAAUCGAUACGUCAAUGUAUGUGGUUCACAAAAGACUUGCUAUGACAACACAACCAGUGUGUGUUUGAAUGGUACAACUGUUUGCCAGGGUCUCAAUUCGCGGCUAUGUGGAUCUACCUGCUAUAAUCCUGAUGCGCAAACUUGUACUAAUGGCAUUGUAAGCUGUAUCAAUUCAUGUAAUGGAACAUGCUAUUCAAGCUCGCAAUACUGCUAUAACAAUACAAAAGUUUGUAACAAUGGAGAAUCAGUUUGCAACGUGAAAACGUAUGGUUAUUUUCAAUCAUAUCCAACUGGUCUUAACUGCUACAAUUCAUCACAACUUAUAUGUGGAAACGAUACACUUUGUUCUCCAUUCUAUGCAUGUGGAACACAAUGCUUGACAAACUAUAAUUCAACGUGUGCCAAUAAUCAAACAGUUUGUCCUGGCUUCUACUUCUGGAAUUAUUACUAUACCAACCGAUAUGUCAAUGCAUGCGGUUCACAAAAGAAGUGUUAUGAUAACGCUACAAGUAUUUGUUUCAGUGAGAAUAGUACAGUAUGUCCUAUUGGAAACCAUCUCUGCGAUGGUGUUUGCUAUAAUCCUCAAUCACAAUACUGCCUUGGUGGCAACAAUACGAUUUUUUGUUUAUCAAAUCCUUCCUCAUCGAGUUGUCCUACUACACGAACGAAUUCCACAACCGAUGUCACCACACAACCAUCUACAACAGUUGCACCUACAUCAAGCGGUUGUUGUGCUGUUCAGAACUGUACAGUAGAUGCCGAUUGUUGCCGACUCAGCACGGAUAGAUGCCAAUGCUUUCGACAUAGUCAAGAGGAAACAUACGGUUCGUGCGUUAAUCCCAACAUCACACCAGUUUGUGGCAAUAGUUGUCCAGUAAAAGGUAAAUGCCAAUAUGAUUCCGAUUGUUGUCAGUGCCAAUGUGCAGAAAUAAGAUUUACAAAUACCGAUGGAGAAUUAUCAACAAGAAAACAAUGCAUACGACGUUAA